AUGCCGUUUUUCAAGAACCUCCGUCGCCGUUCAAAGGCAACUUUCACCUUGACCCCAUCUGCUGCCUCACUCAAUCCCAAUGACGAUGUGUUCCCUGACAAAUUGUCCUCUAAUCUCGAUUCCCCGACCGCCAGUUUGCAUAGCUCCCCUAUUUCUUUUUUCAAAAGCAACAGUAUCGAUCUACCAUCCCCACAUCUACCCAUCCUCCCCAAGUUGAAGACGAACGGAUACGCGACCCAAGUGGCACCUCCUCAGAGACCUGUUCCAAUUGGAUCCCCCUCAACCCCCCGGGGCAGUACUACAAACGGUAGCCUUCUUUCUCCAACCAAUUCCGGAAGAGGGCCGGCGCCGGCGCCUCUAUAUGCUCCGAGGGUUUUUUCUAUUUCCGAUAACUCCUGGGUCCACCAAAAAAUCCUUUUGAUUUAUGGUCAGAUUGGAGACGCGCGACAACACUCCAUGGAUGGAAACUUAACCGUUUAUCAUCCCCAAGAUUCGUUCCCUCCCACCACCUGGCCUGUCUAUGAAUCGCACUUCAAGGCUUUGCUAGCAAUUGUACUGGGGAGCGAUUCUGAUGGUCAUUUUGACGCUGUCCCUGAAAGGUCGUUUACUGGGGAACAGAUGUAUCGUAACAAGUUCGGAAGGCGCUGUUUCCGAUUUGAAGAGGAGUGGCAGGCUGGAACACUAAGCUUACGUGACUCCAAAUCGGAUCAGAUGAGAAACGAGGCUAGAAUACAUAUUAUCCGCUGCGACAGAACCGUUGACGAGCUUAGAAAGCUUGGCGUUGUGCAACAGGAUGGUACUACAUCGGACACGGGCGAGCUCUUUAACGUUGUACUCGAAGCAGUCAAACGCUAUUUUGGUCCCCAAGAAAGCCAAACGCAAUAUGUCUCGGCACUGCUACUUGAUACCCACUGGGACAAGGGAACCCAGACAAUCACAGGCCAUGCUGCAGCGGGCUCUGUUGAAGAUCAUAUCAAGCUGGCGCUUUUUGGAUCUUAUGCUCUGCAAAACUACCCAUCUGCCAUGGAAGAAGUGGUUGCGGCUUUCACCGACUGCACCCGUACAGAUAUUAAUUUUGUUGCCAAUUAUGGAAAUAAAUGUGGGAGCAAUUGGGAAGCUGCUAACUCUGGAAUCGGUGGUCAUCUCCGUGUAAUCGGCCGUUUAUUUGGCUGUCAUGAUCAGGAUAGCGGCAUCAUGUGUGACGACUCCGUCCCGUUGAAUCGAAGUUUCACCAUUCGAGAACCAUAUUCCACUCGAACAAAGGCACAGGGACUACGACUUUGCCUUGAGGAAGACGAAUGUACCUGGCACAGACUUGAUACCCUUCGAUUUAGAUUUCACCCAUGUUUUCGGUUGCCAAGAGAUUCACCUCUUUGCUCUGAUGACUCCAUCCAAGUAUGGUCUGUCGACAAUGGCAAGGUAUUAGUUACUUCGGCGGCUGGCAUUGCUUUCAUCGAAAUAUACGUCGACUAUGAUGAUCUCUGCAGGUCCUAUAUCGAAUAUGUCGAUGGAGAUUCCGGCAAUAAUGGCAUACCGAAGCAGAUCGAUUUUACCGAAGGUGAAAUUCGCCAGCAUAUUACUGAAAAUUUUAAGAAAAUUAGGAAGAUCAAGCUGGUGAUAUAUUCUGGCGGCCUUAGCACUCAUACGGUUGACGACGUUAGCAAAUUGAACUCCAAAUAUUCGACCGCUAAACUACCUAAUGGACAAGUUGGAUAUAGGGGGAACAAAUUGGGACAAUCUCGAUCCCCCAAUGGCCUUCCAGAACAACUGUUUCUAGAAUGUGCCUUCAUCCAGUCGAAGCUUCUAAUUUCCGUGAAAGUUUAUCACAAUGGCUUGAUAUAUGGACUGGAGUUUUGCUACGAAGAUUCAACGAGCCAGGUCUUUGGGAACAGGGACCCUCAGGCUACGUGCAGCGAAUUUGUGUUUGGUAGAUCCACCAUCUCUAAUCCUGGUUUUUCUUCUUGCUUUUUCUCUAAUGCUAAUUUGUAUCUCAUUUACGAACUAGACACUCGCCGGGGUGAAAUUCUAAUGGGGUUUUACGUGAAGACAAGUCAGGAAAUCGAUGGAAUUGGAAUUAUCACGAAUCUUAGCAGGAGAUCUGCAGUAUUCGGUAAUAGCAAUGCUAGAGCUGGGUAA